ACAUAAUUAUCACAUAUUACUACUUUAAUCAAGUUAAUUUAAAUCAUAAUAAUUGAAAAUACCUAAAAUAUCAAAUAAAAAGUGGAUGUAUUAGUCGUAUUUGAUUGUCAUUCACACAAACAGUCAAAACAAACCCACAUUUGAAUCGUUAAAACACCCGAAGAAUUGGAUUUCAAUUGAUUUCAAUUGAAUUGAAUGCAAAUCACAACAAAUGUCCGAAAAACGAUAUUUUAUUAACCCGUACCAAGACUUUGGUCCAUCGGAUGGUGUUUUGGACGCAACCGGUGAUGAACUCAAUGGUCGAGUCAAAGAGGAUUUGAUGAAAAACUUCACAAAACUGUUGAAGAGUUUUGAAGAUGAAGUGAACGAAACCAUUAAUCCAAACGAUUCCAGUGUUUAUACGGGAAGUACUGGAUAUGCUUUACUGUAUCUCCAUUUAGCUCUUGUCUUCAAUGACCACAAACUCUUAGACAAAGCCAUCGCUUAUACGGAACCAUUAGUCGACACUUCGGGCAAAAGAAGACUGACUUAUAUUACGGGCGACUCAGGAGUCCAUACCAUCAAUGCAUACAUUCAUUACUUGAAAGCCAAUCAAAAUGAGUCCAAUAUAUCGUUAAGAAAACUGAAGAAACUUGUGGUUUGUUUUGCAGACAAUGAGACACAAACCGAUGUCUGCGAUGAACUACUUUACGGAAGAUCUGGUUUUCUCUAUUCAUUGCUUUUUGUCCGAAAAUUUAUCCAAACUUCUCAUGAGAUUAUCGAAGACCAAGACAUCAGAGCCGUUGUCGACGCUAUCAUUAAAUCCGGUCAAAGAACUGCCAAAAGGGAUAAAGUGAGCGACAGGUGUCCGCUAAUGUAUUACUGGCACCAAAAGCAAUACAUCGGAGCAGCGCAUGGAUUGAUGGGAAUUAUGUCUCUUCUAUUGGAAGCCAAGAGUUAUCUGACGGACGAAGAGUUAGACAAAUGCGUGAAACCGACCAUUGAUUACAUUUUGUCACUUCGUAUGCCUUCAGGCAACUAUCCCUCGAGUUUAUCCAAUCCGUACGAUCGUUUGGUCCAUUGGUGUCAUGGAUCUGCCGGUGCCGUCAAUUUGUUUGCGUUGGCCUAUGAGGUGUUCAAAGAGGAACGGUAUCUGAUGGCAGCCAAAGACUGUGGUGAACACGUUUGGGAAAAAGGACUCCUUGUUAAAGGUUAUGGCUUAUGUCACGGGACAGCAGGAAAUGGUUACGCCUUCUUAAGACUGUAUCAGUUGACUGGAGAGGAGAAGUAUGUGUUUAGAGCCGUGAAGUUCGGUCAGUGGUGUUGUGCUUAUGGAGAGCACGGCUGCCAUAAACCCGAUCACCCCUUAUCUAUGUUUGAAGGACUCGCAGGAACUCUGUAUUAUUUGACGGAUUUGUUGCAACCAAAGAACAGUCGAUUCCCUGGAUAUCAGAUCUCAUAAAAACUUAUUGUCUAUUCAUUUCGUUUUGCAAUAUAUUGUAUUAUUAGUCAACAUUCAAUUUGAGUG